CUCGCUUGCAUUUUCGUUUGCCUGUGCGGUUUGUAUGGGCGCGUGCGACUGCAUGUAAACGAUCGUAUUUGCGUGUUAUUUGCACAGGAAUUCCCGCUGUAAUGUGAUCCCACAAGCAUUGCACCGUGGUUUCGCUCUGCGUGGUGCGAUCUGUUGACGGCGGUCAUGGAGCUGGAACGUCGGGUGUCCGCGACGGGCGGUACACCCUUGAAGCCGAGUAUGGACAUGAGACAGCUCUUCGUCGACAACAUCGCGGUAGAAGGUGACAUGUUAUGUUACGAUGCCGGGUCUGAGGGCCACCCCGGUUUGUAUGUUGGCGUGGAACCAGCAAGCCCAUCACGAGCCUACUUUGAGGUGGAGCUUCUUGGCAUGGGAGUGGCCGACCUGGUGUUCGGAUUUCUCUGUCCCUCUGGUGCUGGAAUUCACCAGUGGGACUCCGCACUGUCGCUUGCUUGCCGAGUCAGCGAGGGCAGGCUAUCAGAAUGUGAAAACUACAUGCCUGGAGUGCCGUGCGAACCCGGUGACAGAGUUGGCUGCGGCCUUUCUUUUGACCCUAAGGUUCGGUUCCGCAACUGGGGCACCGUCGUCACUUUCUUUGUCACUCAUAACGGCAAAGAGGUGGCAAGGUCCACUUCCCUGGUGUCUGGGCGUCUGCAUCCUGCCAUAGUGCUGCGUGAUCCGGGACAUCAAGUUCGGCUACUGGGUGAGGGGCGACCCGCUUCGUCCUCACUCACCGAGGAUGCCCUCAUGUGCGUCGACUCAAACGAGGAAGAGUGGCUACGGCUACAUGACGUCCAUCUCAAUGGACCUGUAUUGGAGUAUUCGGGCCGCGGUACCAGCAUGGUGGACGUCGGCCUGGCACAGACACGCUGUCCACUCAGCACCACGAACCACUACUUUGAGCUAGAAAUUCUCGACCCUGGUGAAAAGUGCUGCAUCGCCAUUGGCCUUGCCCAUAGGGACUAUCCCAGGCACAGGCACCCUGGCUGGAAUGAAGGGUCCAUCGCCUACCAUGCAGAUGAUGGCAAGCUUUUCGUAGGAAGUGGUGUGGGAUCAAGGUUUGGACCCAAGUGCCAGAAAGGGGACAUAAUGGGUUGUGGCAUCCUGUUUCCCCGCGAGUAUGUGGAGCCCGAUGAGCCCAACGGUGAUGCUGUGGACAACGACGACCAGUCCCGGGCAGAAGGUGACGACAACGACGAGUAUGACUUCAUGAAGUACGACGCACUUCCGCUUGAAGGAACCCUGGUGCAGGUAUUCUUCACCCUGAAUGGCGUCAAUGUCGGUCGGCGGGAGGUGGCCAUGCCCCAGGGUGGUCUCUUCCCCACGGUGGGCAUGCUGAGUCGCAAGGAGAAAGUCAAGGUAGACCUGCACCCUCUCACGGGCUGAGAGGGUGCAGCAACACCUCUUCAACCGUCGCUGCCGCAGCCGAGGAUUGCGUGCACCGGCAGCCAACACACAAAGUGAAUGUGCCCAUUGUACAUUGAGCCAAAGUACUGCGUGCUAAUUGGACUUGUUUGGGGAACCAAGCAGGCACUGUCUUUUUACUGCUCAGGGAUGUGCGGUUCUUCUGUAGUCUUGUAACAUCCCAGAGUUGUGCUGAGCUGCGGGCUUCUUUGCACAUGUUGGAAUGAAAUACGAUGACCGGUUGUGCCCUAUCUUCAAUUGACUACUGUUGACCGCUGUUCGGGAUCCUUGAAAGAAGUUUUUGUCAUGCAAAAGAAUGAAUUGAAUCAAAAUGUAUGGCUGUGUGGAUAGCAACAUCAUUAAUGUAGGCCUUUGGCUUCUGUGCCAAUGUGUAGAUGGUGUAGUGAGGUUCUUUUGGCGGCCAUGAGGCCAAACGUUUAGGUUAUUGCACUCAAAAGGAAAAUGCUAGCUUGCAGAAGUGAAGUCUUGUGAGUGCCGAGUGAAAGAAAUUAAGGCUGACUCGGGCUCUUUUGAAUAUAACAAUAUGCACAAGGAAGAGCUGGGUCAGUCUCUUCAGUGACAACACUAUGCAGAUUGCGUAUCUUGCAGGGAUGCACAAAACACAGGCCGAUGUUAUACACAGAUAUAUGGUAGACAAGCUACUGCAGUUUUUGCACAAAUGUUACUUGAGAUCUCUGAACUGGGGGGGAGAUGCGACCUGAUGCCAUAGUUGCUUGUGAAACUGGUGAUGUUCAGCUGCUCAGUGAUAUAGAAUCAUAUCCGCAUAUAGCUGCCUUCGUCAUCGCAUUUUGCUAAGCUUCGCAGCAUUCCAGGUGUGUAGGGAAGCCCACUUACAGAUUAUUGCGUAUGGUGAAAAAUUGCUAAUGGUCAAGCCUGGCGCAUAAAAUCUAAAUCUUCAAUUAAUCUGAACAUGGUUCCAAAUAUAGCGGUAGGCAAUGCGCCUUUAGGUUGGAAAUUACUACAGCGAGUGAAAAAAGUGUCAUUGCAUUUGUUUAGAUCGGGCAGUUUGUUGUAGGUGCUGAUCUGGCCUCUUUUCUCGCACGAAGAGGUGUCUGUUAUUGCACUUAACUUCUGAGAACCGCACAGCUGUGCUACAGACAUGCCUGCACCUCUGCAUUUUUUUGGUGACUGGUGCAGCAAGAGGUGUGCAUUAGCCACUCCGCAGGAAGUAACCUUGGCUGUGCUAUAGAAAUGUGCCUUUGCUACACAAGUGCUGGCCCACUUGUUCUCGAAGGGUUACACGUAAAGACUGUGGCCACAGUAUGUUGCAUUUGAUAUGUUUGAGUGGCCAUGGUCCGUCGGUCUCGCCAUCUGCGGAAUAUUUUGUCACACCGAGCCUCUCCGAAAGAACUACAGAACAAUGUCUUUCGAAUGAAACAGUUAACAAUUAUGCUGCACCUAACAAAAAAGUCACCGUGCUUAAACUGUGAAGGCGGACACUUGGAUUUCGCAUGGCGUAAUAACGGCCACUUGCAAAAAGGCUUGUCCUGGCUAAUAAGCUUCGAGAUAGGUAUACAACUGAUAAAAGUCACCCUGUUUUGCUUGUCAAGGGCUUGCAGCAGCUAAUCCUGAAGCAGCAAAAUUGACUGCAGCACCACUCCCAACACUCCGCAAAGGUCGAUGCUGUUGAAUAUGCCGACGAUUGUUUUGGAAUGCGCAACUUUAUUGCCCUAAGUUAAAUCUGCCUUGUGGUUAGGGCCAUGAACUUGCGCUCUAAAUUUUGGCAACUAAUAAUGUACUUUUAAAGUUUAUUUUAUAUAAAUCUUUUUUGUACUUACGUUUUUGUCAUAUAAAAUGGUCUCCAAUCCAUGCUGUGAUGGUGGUCGGCCAGUGAAGCUGUGGUAUGACCUGAUCCAAUAGACCAAUGUGAGAUAGCCUUGAACUGGGUCCUGCCGAGCCUGAGCAGAAAGCCGUUGUGCGUAUUUAUGCGCCUGUUCCUAUCGCUGCUCAUUGUGUUUACGCUGCUCUUCGGGAGUCCUGACCAUGCGUGGCCUUUAUGUAGCGCUAUCAGAACAGGAAUGAAAUCGGUUGCUAGAUGGGUUUUUCUUUUACAUACAAAAGUGUAGUUACGUCAUUCCCUGCUUCAUAUUCUAAAGUUGCCACUUCCCAGCAACUGCAGCUUAUGCAGCCGUAAUCUUUACCCGGAAACGCUUGCGAUGAAAGCUAUGCACGAAGGCGAGCAUUCUGUUGUUGUUUUUUUCUCCCCACGGCCGGCGCUGCCGCUGUGACGGAUGCGGGUGCCGCCUGGUGGUGCUGCAAGGAACCCAGCAGUGCAUGCAGCACGCGCCUCUCGCUGUGAUUGGUUGAGGUUUUGCCCACGGACACAACAGAUGCAUUGGCAGGUAGAGGUAUACAGCUUCACUGUAAAAAAGAAGUGAUUGCUUUAGGUGACAUUAGCAACUCACUAGCUAGAAGGAUAACUUACUCAACAAGUUGGUAUCCCAUUCUUGGUAUUCCAGCUAGAGUUAUUUCUUGAUAUACAGUGGCUCAUGACAGCAAAGAUUAGCGCGCACUUGUGAGUGUUCGUUUCGAGAAUUCAUUGUCCACUGCUGUGUGUGCAAAGGCGAUUUGCAAUGUAGUCGAAGCCAGGCUCAUUCUGCAGUUGCCAAUGUGCUUCCUUGCCUAGUUGCACAUCCUGCACUCAUGUAAUGCGCUGCUUUGAAUGUUUAGGAGCAUCUAAUCCAUGUGUCCACUCAACUUGUUGAUUCUUGUACAGGGUGGACCAUAAUGUGAGAGGGAGCACUUGAACUGAACUUCAAGCCUUCAAUGGUCAGUAUGCCAAAUUCUGUAAGGAGGCUUUCCCGUGCAUCCAGCUUGACUUAACCAACAUGGCCACACUCCAGCUAGUAGCACUGUUGAAUGACACAUGCAUUUUGAAAGCUUUGUCAGUGCGGGUAGCAGAGUGCGGCAGGAACGAUGUCACCAGCCCGCAUGUUGACACCCCAAGUUUGUAGGUUGAGGUCCACCAUCUUGGGUAGGUCGAACGAGUUGUGCGGAGAGAAGUGCUCUUGCAGGUUUUGCACAAUGUCAUCGCUUCAGAACUCAAGAACUCAAAUCAAGAAAUUUGCCUUUAGGAAGUUUCUUCAAAAGGAGAACUACAUCACAGACAUUGGUUAGUGCCAUUCUAACUUUAAUUAAUGCAGUAGUAAUCGCUUAGAUGCAAAGUUAGGUGUUCCCUUUUAUAUUAAAACAACCUGUGCAGCAUCGCAGGAUGAUUUACACUUGUAGUGGUCAAACAAGUGGUCUAAACAUUGGCUUUGGCGACGUCCCUCGUGCGAUGAGAGUUGAUUGCUUCCUAUGCAGCAUUGUACUUAUAUACCCACUGGUUGCUAGCAGCAUUGCUUGGGAGCUAAGACAAUGAGCUUUAUUUUUGAAGCAUACAUUAACUCCAAUACACGCACCGCAUUGCACCCAUUAUUUAAACCAGCCGCCGAGUUCAGUGGGAUAAACUGUGGUAAUAGUGUAAUAGCAAUCUAUAAAACACUAGGUUGUGGCUCAAUUUAUGUGCAAGUGUAGUGCCAUACAAAAGUUAUGUUCAGGUAAAAGUCCCAAUUUUUUUUUUCUUGAUUGGGGAAACCACCCCUCCUAGUUUUCCCUAGUUAGGGAAAAACACUGCGAAUGUCCCAAACCCUUUGCUUUCUGGGCUAUGAGUCGAUGCUUACAGUUAGGUUUUUGGCAGGUGUCGCCAUCAGCUUUCUUUCUUUUUUUUUGCAAUUGUGUUUGAACAGGUGGAGUAAUUAGCAAGCCACAUCAGCUGGUAUUCUUAACAUGUUCACUUCAUUGUGAAUCACUGCUGGAGUGAGAGAACGAAACAUUCGUCUUACGUGAAAGUGAAUGUACCAGCCUGUCUUGCUUUGGAAGAGCUACCAUAUUUUCGCAUAUAUUGUUGGCUGCAAUUGCAUGUCACCUGAAGGUGUAGUUAUGUUAGCUAUGCUAUAGUUACAUGCAGCAUAAUAGGUCACUGUCGUGUCCCAGCUAGAGCUUGUUGGUAUGGCUUGUCUCAUCCAAACAAGCUUAUGCCUAGUUUUUCUCGCUGGUUUUCUGUCCUGAAUUACAGGCUCAAGUAGCAAUGCUGAUGACAGGUUUGCUAGUUGAGCCCAAGAUGGAAUUCGAGGCUGGGGCUCGUUUCAUUUUCACGGAGCGGUAUGCCUCUCUCUCUAGUGCUGAAGUUUCUAGUCAUAGUUUCGAAGAGUCUAGUUGCAGCUCAAAAGGAACACAGCAUAAUACCGCCCACUUGCUUCUUGGCAGUGCUUUUCGGCUUCACCUAAACGCUGUACAAGUAAAAGUGGUGUUAGCCACUGCAAUACAUCCAUCGCGUAUAAGGACGGCACCACCUUGUGGAAGGCCUCUACAUUAGCAGUGCAUGCUUUGCCAGAACCAUGUGUGCCUUUCUCAGCUUAGCAUAAGCAACAACGUAUUGUAUCUUUGGGGGGGGCGCUGCGGCCGUGCUGCACGUUUAUCUUUGCGUGCGCAUUGCCAUGUUUGUCCUUUCAUCGUCGGAGGUCGUGCUAUGCAGGUUUUGUAAGUCCCGUCUACCGUGGCAUCUAUGUGAAUGGCUUCUUCGAAGCACCGUGGCGAGAUGUGGUAGCUGCGGUGUUGUGCAUUUACAAGUGUGGCUGAGUGAUGUCGGCACUCACACCUUCAUAUAUAUUGGCUGCGCUUUGUCUUGCAUACUUGGUAGGCAAAGCUGCAGAGGCUAGAGCUACUUCUUGCAGUGCCGGCAUUUGCGACGAAAAAAAGUAUGAAAAAAUGGGAAUGCGUUACGCAUUUUGUUUUCUUUUACUUCCCAUUCUUAUAGACAGGGUGUUUCAGCGAACACUUUCAAACAUUUUUAAAGGUUGCUUGUGGCAGAUAGCUCAAUUCUAGUGUAUGAGCCAGGACACUACUUGCACAAAAAAUUGAAAUGCAAAAUCGACUAAUUAACAAGAAUUCACUAAUAACUUUUUAGCUAAUUAUCUUAUGACCCACAUUGCAAUUUACAAAUUCUAGGAGUGGACUUCGCAAGGCGGACCCACUUGCAACGAAUUCUCAGGACGACACCAGUUUCGAGACUUCAAUUCCCAAGCUUUGCGGAUAAAUGCAUUGGCGUUCCAGUUACUUCUGUGCUUCAGUGCAUGAAACGACGUUUUGUUAACAAAUUAACUGGAAUGCCAAUGCAUAUCUCCGCAAAGUUCGGGAAUUUAUAUCUCGAAACUGGUGUCAUGUUGAAAAUUCGUUCCAAGUAGAUACGCCUUGCGAACUCCAGGGCUAGAACUUGUAAAUUGCAAUAUGGGCCAUAAUGUAAUUAGUUAAAAGCUUAAUCAGUGAAUUUUUGUUAAUUCGUCGAUUUGGGAUCUCAAUUUUUUGUGCAAGUGUAGUCCGCCGCUUCAAGCAGACCAGCUCAUGAACUAGGACUGUGAUAUCUGCCACAGGCAACUUUGAACAUGUUUGAAAGUGUUUGCUGAAACACCCUGUAUAUAUAUAUCCCAUUCCUUACAUCAGUUAUGGCAUACAGUUGUUAUGCCACAAAUGUAUGCACUUGUAGCACUACAUUAGCUUUGCAAGUUACAGUCACAAUAUAUUAAGAAAUCAUUACUUCGAAGACAUUCAAGGGGGUCUGAACUAGUUAACCACGGAAUCUAAAGUGACACGGUUAGUACACUCGGAAUCUCUCCGCAGCAUGCCACCUGCAUUUAAGACUGAAACGUAGUGAGUUGCGUAUAGGAGGCAAGAAGUUUACAAACAGUGCAAAUUCUUACAUGCUAAUGCCAUGUUUUGGUUUUGUUAAAAGUAAUUGUUCCACAGAAGUUGUCGUGGACCAAAAACCAGUUCACUACAAAACACUUGGGAGCGAUACGAUAUCUAUGACUGCACUACAUGCAACUAAAUACGUAGCUUCUGCAACGUUGCCUGCUAAGUAUGAAACAAAUUACGUGGCUGUUUCUUUGUGAAAUAAGUGCACAGCUGUCUUUCCAACAGAUUUGUUGGAACAACAGCGGUGGUGGGAAGUGGAAAGGCAAGGUUCCUCCUGUUUGCUUGGGGCGGUGGGAGUGUCUCAAACUGAGCAAAGCUGUAUCUAAUGAAUUGCAAUGGCAAUACUUGUAGCUGCUUUCAAAUGCAUACCUCUGCAGCUCAUAACAGUACUUAGUAAAAGCACAUCGUUACAGCUGUGCUGUGUGACUUUGCUGAUGGAUGCUACGUACGUACAGUGCAUAACUCGGGGUGAGUGAGCCAGUGCCGAGAGCACCUGCUGCACCCUUUUUUGGCAUUACACAUUUGCACUGUGUACUUGUUGUAACAUUUGCUUCUGUGAAACUUUUGGUUGUGCAACUCACCUUGUUGGAUGCAGCCUCUAGUUGAAGUUCGUGGCCACUGUGUUAUACAGUAAGCGAAGUGGGAAAGCAUCGUAAAAGGUUGCAGUAUGUAACACAAAGCAAGCUGCUUAAUUACUGUUUGCACUGUUCUGAUGUUGCUUCUAUAUGAAAAUAUGUUGCCAUUGAAGCUCAUUCUAGGGGCACUUGCACAUCCUAUGUUAAUUAAGUCGAUACAUUACAAUAGUUAUCUUUUCGAAGCAAAUUGAUUUUUUUUGUGUGUGUGUGUGGCAGUGGAGAAAUUUAGACUGACGGUGGCACACGUUGCAAUUUGGGCAUACUGGAGAUGUAGACUGGAGCAGCAGUGCUGCUGGCACUAUCUCGCUACUCCCAAGUGAAACAAGAGCAUGUAGUGCUAAUUUUGCAAUGACCUGACUAAGUUUUCCUUAGCUGCUCUGGUGUAAAGGUGUUGGCAGCACAUAACCUUCGUGAAUGUAUAUCGGCUCUUUUCAUUGUUCUUUUUUUUUUUUUCGUCUAGAGCAUCUCAAGUAAUACAAAAAUGUUUCAAACACGCGGUUUCAGACAGUGUUACAAGAUGUCGCCAGCAGCACUACUGCUCUAGAGUCCGAGUAUGGUUGGUCCUCAUGUCUACAUGUGCAAAAUUCAGGAAAUGCUAAUGUGCGUACACACUAAUUGUCUUUAAUGCCAACACUCCUGUUCCGUAACUUGUUUGAGAUAUUGUUGAACUUCACCUUACUACAGAGCUUUUUGUUAUGGGUUUUUGAAUAGUGCACUUCAAUUUUCACUGCUAGCAGUACAUAGAGUCGAGAAGAAAUGUUUCGCAGACCAUGGCUGCCAUGGUAAAAGCUUUUGCCGUGCUCACAGUGCAAGGCAGAAGACCUAAUGGUGGUCGAUAUUGCAUAUGAAGCUUUUGGUAAUUCUGGUCCACAAACUUUCGUCCCCAGCUGUACAUUUAGUUCCGGCCAAUGCUUGGAGGUGCUGUUAAUUGCUGUGGCAAGACGUAACUAGCUACUGCAUGUUGUUGACCAGUUUACAGUUAUUAGUUCUAGGGUUAUGCCAAUGUUAUUUUUUUUCUUAUGCCAUAUUUUCUUAUUAAAGUGAACUUGCAAAUGUUAA